AUGAGGUUGUAUGAGAUUCCGGCCAAUGGUACGGCUGCGGUGGUCAACCAACCGUGUCUGUCUGGUCAGGUAAGUGGAAAGUUAGAAAAUGCAAAAGAGAUGAUGACAGAGGGAAUGAUGUCAGGUUCUACCGAAUAUGAUUCAAGUGGUGAAGAUGAUUUUUUUAUUAGAACACCCGAAUUUGUCACUAAUGAGGUGUUCGGAUCUCGUGAAGAAUUAAUCGAUUGGGUACAAAAGUUGGCAUACUCACUUGGUGUUGUCAUUGUAACAAAAAGGUCGAAUCCAAGACCUUGUGGUUUCGUGUAUAGGGUUCUACUCAAAUGUCAACGUGGCGGCAAAUAUCAAUAUAAGGAUUCAAGUAAAGAUACUGGCACCAGGAAAACUAAUUGUCCAUUCGAAUUAGAAGGAAGAUAUUCAGAUGAAUAUGAUUGUUGGAUCUUAAGGGUGAUAUGUGAUGAACACAACCAUCGACCUAUAUUGUUUAUGGAGGGUCAUCCAUAUGCAAAGCGACUUUCCGCGGAUGAAUUUAAUUAUGUUGCAGAUUUAACAAGGAUGCAUGUGCCACCACGUAAUAUUCUAUCGCUACUUAAGAAGCGAAAUUUAAGUAAUGCGUCUACUCCCAAGACUAUUUACAACGCACGCAAUAAAAUUCGCAUGGUGGAAAAUCUCAAAUGCAGCAAUACAUUUUCAAUAGCUUUUGCUUUUAUCCAUAGCGAAAAGACAGCUAACUAUAAAUGGGUCUUAGAUUGUCUAAAACUGACACUAGACGAGUGCAUGCUCCCACGGGUUAUAGUUAUAGAUAAAGAGAUGGCACUAGUGAAUGCAUGCAAUGAAGUUUUUCCCGAUGCCGCUCAGUUACUUUGCAGGGUAGAGAGCCAACAUGCAAAGCUAAAGAUAUAUAUGGACAAGAAUGCAAAAUGUAGUUUGGAUAGACUUCUAGGUUGUAUUGACGAAAUCGUGAAGUCGCAACUAACAUUAAUCAAAGAAAGCUUGGAAAAUAGUAGAGUCGUUCGCAUUCAUAAGCAUAAUCUACGAUAUUUCAAACUUUUGCGUGGUUUUGUUUCAAAUGAGGCUCUCAAAAAAGUUCUUGAGGAUCGUAAGCGAUGGAAGGAUCAUAAGGGAGAUUGUGAUUGUCGACUUCGCACUGCUUAUGGGUUACCAUGUCAAUAUAUUACUUUGGAUUCGAUUGACAUUUUUUGGAGGAAGCUAGAUCUUUCACCAUCAUCUACGCAAAAAGACGAUGUUAGCUGUGAUGAUGUACUGCAACAUUUUAAAGAAAACUACAACAAGCAGUCCAAAGUUGGGAAAAAAAGUUGGUUAAGAAAGUUGAUGAAUAUUUUCAGUCCAGAUACAACUGACAUUCGGGAACCUCGAGUUCAAAAUAAAACUCGUGGACAACCAAAGAAAUCGCAACAAAAAAAGCGUACCGAGUUUUGUUCAACGAGAUUUAGUUGUUCAACCAUGCCCGAUUUUGUUGAGCCGAUUAAGGAGCCUGCCAAACAAAGUACAUUUGAAUUUGACUUGAACAAGGAGCCAAAUAUAGAUUUGAACGAGGUCCCAUAUGAGUUUCAGGGUCCACACAUGUUGGACUUAAAUAAAGCGCCACUGAAGUGUGGUUCAAAUUUAAUGGACGAUAUUCCACAAGUAUUUCAUCCAUACAUUACGAAUAUACAAAAUGUUUUCGGUGAUGAAAACUGUGGAUAUCGAGCAUUAGCUGUUUGUCUUGGACUUAAUGAAGACAAUUUUUAUGAGUACAUUCGGCAACAAAUGAGAGAAGAGUUGCAAAAUCGAUAUGAUUUAUACUCGAGGAUUUUUGUUACCGAUAUAAAUUCAAUGUAUCAAGACUUGUCUUUCUUUGGUUCCCUUUGUCCACCGGAACAUUGGAUGAAAAUGCCCGAGGCAGGUGUUUUAGUUGCUAAUAAACUUGGUGUGAUCGUCCAUUCUUUAGACAAGAGAGGCACUACGACGAUUUUUCCGUUUUGGUGUGGUCCGGAAGAUGUUGAACAUCACAGAGCUCUUACAAUUGCCCUUGUAAAUGGAGAAUCACAUUUUGUCAUGGUGGAGUUACAAGACGAGUACCCAAUGCCUGUUAUCACGCCAUAUUGGACAUUUCACCAUGGUCCGUGUGCAGCCGGAUGGGAAAUCAUGUAUAGGUCGCGUCUAGAUGUAUAUAUCAGUCUUUGUCGUCGUGGGAGUGGUGUUAUUAAUAUAUUUGAUUAA